AUGGUAGACUGGAUUAAAUGUGUACCCUUUGUUGGUACGGCUAUUAGUGUGUACGAAACGGGUGAAGCCAUAUAUGAAGGCAAUGGUAAGAAAGCGUUGUGGAAAUUGGGUGAGACUGUUGUGGGUGUGGGUAUGGAUGCGCUCACUGUAGUAAGUGUUGCCGAACGUGCUAGACCAAUGAGACAGGCAGCGAGAGAUGCUCAAAACGAAAGGAAAAAACAGAAGCAAAAGGAGCGAGAUGAUGCUCAAACUGGAAAUGGUGACAGCGAUUCUGACCAGGAACAUUGGAGUGACCCGGAAUGCGAAGGCGACAAACCUGAUGAAGAUGAUGUAUUGACUGACCAUGAUAAGACCAAAGCCAAGCUCAACAAGAAUUUGCCCAAAGGGGUGAAAACAGUUACGCUAUCUGCCCAUGGUCCCAUCAGAGAAGUGUCAUAUGAGACAAUUGAUGGAAACAAAAUCGUACAUUAUUCUCGAUCUGUAGUCACCAUGGACGAUUUGAGAACCGGAUUAGACCUGACUGACCCUUAUAAAAACAUUAUCAAAGAGAUAGGAAUUAACAGUACUAAAGGCAAAAGUGAUGAUGCGGGACAUAUGUUGCCAAAAGUGCUAGGUGGUGGUUUAGAAUACAACUUAUUUCCACAAAACCCGGCCGUCAAUAGGGAGUACUUUCAUCACGAUUUCGUACAACAAUUGAUUCACUUUCUCGAACAAAAUCCUAAUGGAAAUGUGGAGUACCAAGUUCGCCUAAUUUACAACCCUGGUCAGACCCGACCAUAUGGCUUCUACGUUCUGACAAGGUGCUAUUUGGAUGGCAAGGUUUACAUGAAAUUUAACCAUGGCAAAGGAUAUUACAUGGAUUGGCGCUGGAAUCCGGAUCCUAAUACAAAUGAAUAUUAA